AUGAGACUUUCAACAAGUGAGGAGGUUCCCAGUACAACGGUGGGUCGCACUGGCAGUCCAGGUGGUGCGAUCGCAUUGCCAACUGCGCCGAGUGCAGGCGCAUACGAUGUGACACGCAUGCGGGAGGAAGAGUUCGAGAGGCUCACAGUAUAUAUAGUCCCUGAUGUGCCAUGCGAGCGUGGCACUCCUAACCGGGCUGAACGCACUCUACCCAGGAGCCUUACGCUCAGACCCUCUGCGGUACUAUCUACACCUAAUACACCAACGGAAGGUGUGUGGAGCAUCGGAGUUAUUCCCCGUGGCACCAGGUUCGGCCCUUUCGAAGGCACUAGAACACCAAACAAACCUAAUGAUAAAGUGUCUUGGAGGUAUUACUGGAGGAUUUUCAAAGAUAGCGACUAUUAUUACCUGGACGGCUCAGACACGAGUGUUGCGAACUGGAUGCGAUAUGUAGCGUCUGCCUACUCCCUCUCCGUCAUGAACCUUGUUGCAUGCCAGCACCAGGAGCACAUAUACUUCUAUACCAUCAGGGAUAUCAUGCCGAAUGAAGAGCUGAUGGUUUGGUACUGCAAAGAUUUUGCCACUAGACUUGGAUACGAUAUUGAUCCUGAACGAGCCACUUAUUCUAUUUGUAAGGAAGAAACUAUCAAAAAAGCUUACGGAUUGCCACCUGCACCAGUUCACCCGGAGAUAGCAUUUAACCACAUGAAAUAUGUUCUUGGUUUAACAAAUACAAAAGAAUUAUUGGAAACCGAAAUCCCGAGUCGUCGAAGAAAAAGGGAAUCUAAUGAAAAACCAUUAAAUGAGAAUUUCAAUUCUCCCCUUGAAGAACCACGCUGCAAAAAUGAGCGAACAAUUAUCAGGACUGAUUUAUCCACCAGUAUCUUACACAACAAGGCUGACAAUCUAAUUAAAAGAGAAAUUGCUCCCAUAUCACCUCCUACGCUAAUGCAGCCACCUUCACCAGUCAAAAUCCAUCAUAGAGAUAAUUCAGCCUUAAUAAUUCAUCAGCACAAAGAAAGCACGUCUCACGUUGUUAUACAUCAAAUGGAGAAUUCGAGAAUGCAUGGCAGUAGAUCACCUGUCCCUAAUCAACACUUGAGAGAUAUGCGAGGCCCUUCUCCUAUGGCCCAAACUCACCAAGACAAAUUAGGUAGCAAAUCACCAGGUCUCACUCAUUGUGGUCCACCACAUUAUGAACCUCAAUUAACUCCAAAUGACGGUUCAGUAAGAUCAGAUGAAGGUUAUCACAGCAAUGGCUAUCAUGAUGAAUUUACGCCACCAGAAGAUUCCAGUGACUCGGAUGUAGAGAACUAUGUAUUAGAUUGUUCCAACAAAACUAACGAACCCAAGGAAACAGUGAUUGUUCAAAAAAUAGACCAGGAAAUGCAUCGGAAUGAAUACAGAAAAGUGAAAAUAAAGAUGCCUAGAGCAUAUCAGUAUCAAAAUCUCAAGGAAAUGGACUGUGAGAGUGAAAAAGAGUUGAUUAUAGCGGAAGAGAUUGCCAACACUUCACCACAAAAUUUAUCACCACCUCGUCGAGAUCCAGCUACAUCUACAGUUAUAGUUCUAGAGCCAUCACACAAUACCGUUAUACCAAUUCCGAAGCCAUACUAUGAAGAUGGUACUCUAUCUCCAUCACCACAACCAGCAUUCAUGAGAUACUCUCCACCAGACACUAGGAUUUUAGAAACAAUCUUAACGGGAAAUCGAAUCGAUACAAAUAACAAUGACCCUAAUAGAAGGCAGCCAAACGCUACACCACCACCAUCGUCGCCUACAGAAAUGGCUUACUCUUACAAGAAAAGUCAAAGAUAUGGUAAUGCAUGUAGUCCCGAUUCCAGUUCCAAUUUGACACCGCUACCAUCUCUUCUACCACUACCGCAACAGCUACCAACACCAAGCGCUGCAUCAGUAUACUCAUCGUCUCCUCCACAUUCCAUACCACAUACGACAGAAAUAAGAGAAAUCAGAGAAAUAAGGGAAAUAAGGGAGACGCGAUAUGAAAGUCACUAUCCAAAUUAUUCUUAUAAUAUUUAUUCCCCGCCAAACUCAACAAUUAUAACCCAACUAGGUUCUCCACCGAACUCUUAUUCGCCUACAAUAACUUCGUCGCACCAAUAUGAGAGAUCUCAAAACGCACAAAGUCAUCAUUAUCCUUCAUCUACGAGUGUAAUAACUUUAAAAAAUUGCUCACAAUUAAGUUUAAUACAGAAUUCAAAUGUAAAUAGUCAAUUAGUACCAUCACACGAUACCGUCGACAAAGACUGCCACGAUAGAGAGGGGCACGAGCCAUAUGAAGUUCACUCUCCUGGCGGGCCGGUGGGCGCCGGUGGGGCGCGAGUGGCCAUGUCGCACUCUGAGCUGAUGGGAGGGCACGCGCACUCGACGACGCCGCAUCUAGGGCCGGCACACGCGCCACCGUCACCGCAGUACCGUGCGCUACCUGAUCAUGAACCACCGCAUUAUGCGCCGCAAGCAGCUGAGCCGCGCCCUAGCGUCAUCGAGUCCAGCCAGCCCCUCAUCAUUGAGUGCACCUGAACCUAUCCACGCGCGCACCACGCGCUACCCGGACGCGUGUUUCCCCGCCGCACAAUGUGAUUACAUGUGAUCAAAUAAAGUAUUUGUGAAAAGACAAUUGGCGAGCUUGUAGCCUCGUCAUGUCAAGUGGCUAUGAGAUUACGAUAUGAACUUUAUUUUUUGUACAUUUGUAAAAAACUCCUAGUCUGUAAGAACUACGCGUUGUUUAUAAGUACUAAGUACUUACGUAGAUAUAGGUUGUUGUACUAUAUUAUUUUAAGCAUUUUCGUAAUUAUGUUUAAGGAUUCAGCAGCCUUUGUUUAUAUUAAUGCUCAAGUUUAUACAUAAAAAUUAGAUUUUUAUUGUAAAUAGUAUCUUUUGUGACAUCGAGUUUAUUUAAUUUCAAUAGUUUUUACUAUCCUUUAUAAUUAAUUACCGUAUAUAAGACGACUACACGACCUGCAAGCAAACUUGCAAAAUAUGUAGAGUCAGUCUUAACGGAGCGGUAAGCAGGUGCAGAUAAAUUCUAUUAAAUUAAAUUUGGGAUACUCGAGAUUUUUAUGCCAUCAAACAAAGCUCAAUAAUAUUUCUCAAAUUCCACCAAAGACAGAUAUAUUUCAUGCCACAUUUUCUUAUGAUGAGUAAUAUAAAUCCAAUAAAUUAAUUCUAAGCAGAACCGAGCAUCGUUUUAAAAAUUCAAAUAUAACAUGCAAUUAGUUCCGAGUGCCAAAUGUGCACGUUAAUAAUUAUUUAAGUUAUCCUAAAAGAUUUUGAAUGAAUAGUAUUUUAAAUCAUUGUUCCUAACGAAUAAUCGGAGAGUAAAUGUAUAUGUGCAACAUUCUAAUUCUAAUGUUAAUAUUAGAUUAAAUUUAAAUCGACGAAUUGUGUACAUUUCCCCUACGCUAGAACAAAUGGUGCUUCUUAAAGUAGAUUAAUAGUCAUCAAAGGCCUGCGCGCUAGUUGACUGUCUACUACUUAUAAUAUUAAUCACACCGAGUCUACUAGUUACUAUUUUAUAUUCCAAAUUUCAAUUAAUUAUGAUUCUCCUAUUUGAAAAGGCUGAGAUAAAUGUAUAAUGUAAUGUUUGGCGAAUAUUGAUAAUAAGCAAUGGUUUACAUGAUGUGUAAGAAUCGUUGAGAGUAAUCUUAAUCAAGUGGGAAGGAAUGGCUUAUACGUGAUGUAAAACCAAACAAGCUUUUUGUAUACAUAUUUCUAUAGUACUAUUAAGGUUUUUACAUGCAACCCCUUUUAGAUUUACGUACCCGUAUAUUUUAUACUUACAUUUUACAAAACAAAUAUUUGUAUUGGACAAAAAUGUUAUGAGAAUUAUUUCGAUUAUUUAAUAGGUAAAAAUCUUAUGAAUGUUACUUAAAAUUACAAAUUUGAAUUGUUAAUCAGCACUUAAAAUGAGAUUAAUAGUAACGAAGAAGAUUAUUUUCAAAGGUUAAACUUAUUUAGGAGAACAAUGCACACCUUUCAAUACCAUUGUAAUUAUUUAAUUCUUAACGUAAAGUACAGGGUUUGAUUGGUUUUGUUGAUACAAUGAUUAAUUAUUAGUCGAAAAAGCUAACUUCAUUUGAAACUGAGCAUUGGUUUUCAAAGGCAACAAUUAUUGAUCAACAUAAUAAUCUUCAGAAUUUCUGUGACUGAAAAAUUAUAAACACUUAAAAUCAACAAAUUCAAUAAUUAUGCACUUUUAUUUCAUAAUUUUUAUUAAUGUGUUAUUAGUAAAUAUUGUAUUAAAAGCUCCAUUACUUCUCGCCAUUCCUAAUGUUAUUAAAUAUAUUUUGCGAUCAACCAUUAUAUUGUCUAAAUUAAAUACAGAAUACAGCAUAUGCUACAGAACUCUUGUAAUAAUAACGAAGCCAUGCUAGUAAAAACUUGUUACCUGUCCAUUUUUACAAAAAUGCAAUGGUUAUAUGCGGCUGGAAUUUUUUUUAUCUAAAUAACAUUAUCGAAUUAUCAUGUUAUACCAGCGAUGGAGCAAUAUAUGCAAUCUAAUAACUCAAAAUUUCAGAAUUAUAAAUCAACUGUACUUAUUUUGCAAUUUUUUUUAAUCAUCUAUAUAUACAAUAGCAUUUUUAAAUGAAUUCACUGUAAAUAAUCGGACGAGGGGAUAAUCUUUAUUCGGUGUUCUAUAGUAACUAAAAUCAGUUAUAAAACCAUCAUAACUAUUUACGAAACUUGUAUAAAAAUAAAUCUAACAUCUAAGGAAAAAUAGUUCAUAAAUAAGUAUAUAUAUACCCAUUAAUGGGUUCUGCAAAGUAAGCAAUAUGAUGUAACUGCAUGUAUCAGCAAGUUGAGCUACAAUAUUUAUAUAUAAAGGACUCGCAUACAAUUUAUAAUGAGUAAUAUUAUCAUAAUAAUGCGCCAGAAAUGUACCUACUGUAAAGACCUGUAAUUUUGUACACCAUGAUCGAUAAUUGUUUAUAACACCAAAUCCAUUAAAACAGGAGUAAAGAUAUAAUCGUAGUUUCAAUGUUUACCUUUCUGCAGUGACCUCCCCGAAUAUUAACUUUUAUAUAACACUAGCUGUUUUCAGGGGACUUUAUCUCAUGGCCGAGUAAGUUAUAUAAUCCAGUAGUUUCGGAGCCUAUUCCAUGUAAUUAAAAAAUCAAAUCUCUCCUCUUUAUAAUUAGUAUAAGCACGUAUACACGUAUAAGGCUGUAUACAUAAACAACAAAUGUUAAGUAGCAACUGUUUUGUAAGUAGAACUACCUAUUUCUUUUCUCUUAUUUUUUUAUUACGAAAUAUCUGCUAGCAGGUUUUUUUUAUUAACGAUAUCUUCGUCAAUAGUAGAUAAAUUUUGAUGAUUUUUUUUUUAUUGAAUGUGGUGGAUAAUACUUACUUUGAUAUUUUAUUGAACCAGAACAAGUUUUAUUUUUAUACCAAAAUAAGGGAAAGUGUGA